CUCGUCCCUCCGUCUUGUACACCUUUUCCGAUAUUUUAUAUCAUUUUAUUUCAGAGAUUGAACCUAAUUGACCGUUCUCCGUGAUAACAGUCACAAAGAAACGCAUAUUCCAAGGAAAGAGAGAAACAAUCACAUUCAACAUGCCUGGUGCGGUCCGCAUAUCCCCCACCCGCGCAGCUCGCGCGGUCAAUCUCCUUCGAACCGUCCAAUUCACACACCCCCCUUCCUGUCCUUGCCAUUCGAACCCUUCGCACCACCAUAACCAUGGAGCUACGACGAUUCACCAGGCCAAACGGGCUCUCGCCACACCAAUCGACGCUUCUCAGCAGAAGGAAUACGCGUUUGAGAUGGCAGCUUCAUCUAUACGGUUCGGCCCCGGUGUUACGAAGGAAGUAGGCAUGGACUUCAAGAAUUUGGGAUCUAAGAAGGUCAUGGUGGUUACAGAUAGUACUGUGAGGAGGCUGGAUGCUAUGAAGCAGGUCAUUCAGGGCCUGGAGGCAGAAGGUGUUGCAUAUGACGUCUUUGACAAGGUCCGCGUGGAGCCAAAGGAUAGCAGUAUAAAGGAGGCAAUUGCGUACGCAAAGCCGUAUCAGCCUGAUGCGUUCCUGGCUGUGGGUGGUGGCAGUGUUAUAGAUACUGCUAAGCUCAUGAACUUGUACACCACGUUUCCCGAGGCCGACUUCCUUGACUUCGUCAAUGCGCCGCUCGGUCGUGGUCUUCCCAUCCAGGGUAAGCUCAAGCCUCUCAUUGCUGUGCCUACAACAGCCGGAACUGGAUCCGAGACGACUGGCACGGCUAUCUUCGACCUCGUUUCAAAACGAGCGAAGACGGGAAUCGCCCACCGAAAUCUGAAGCCUACACUCGGCAUAGUCGAUCCCCUGAACACCCGCACAAUGCCAUCUGCAGUUCACGCAUCAUCAGGCCUCGACGUGCUCUGCCAUUCACUGGAAUCCUGGACCGCCAUUCCCUACUACGAGCGUACACCACGACCCACAAACCCCAUCAACCGACCCGCCUACCAGGGUGCAAACCCAAUUUCAGACAUCUUCUCUCUCAAUGCACUGCGCGACACAGUGAAGUACCUCCCCCGAGCCGUGAAGGACCCGGAGGACUUCGAAGCGCAAUCCAAGAUGCUUCUCGCAGCCACCCUAGCCGGAGUCGGGUUCGGCAACGCAGGCGUGCAUCUCUGCCACGGCAUGAGCUACCCCAUCUCGGGCCAGAACCCCGGCUACAAGCACGCUGGAUACGAAGUGGACACGCCAAUCAUCCCGCACGGCGUCUCUGUCGCAGUCACCGCUCCUGCUGUGUUCAAGUUCACCGGCGCGUCGAACCCGGAGCGGCAUUUGGCCGCUGCAGAGGCCUUCGGCGUCGACAUCUCCAACGUGAAGAAGGAGAGCGCGGGAGAGGUCCUCUCAGAAGCACUGGCAGAGUUCCUCCUGAAAUUGGGCGACCAGCCACGCGGACUGAAGGAUCUGGGAUUCACGCGGGAGCAUAAAGACUCGCGUCCAUGUUUUGCUAGGUAA